CGAUACGUACAGUAAGCUUUGUUCACUCAAAAUUUCACUAUUACUAUGUAACUAAGGACGUGCAAAUGGGUUUGAAGUCAAUCAUCAUAGGUACACAUCCACUUAGUACAUUUGUAUAAGCAGGUAACAUGUGUAUCCCUCAUAACCGGACAUCUCCCAAAACCGAAGAUAUUUCAUUAAUAUUCCAUAAAAAAAAAAUAAUACGUACAUACUUAUGGUAUUGACUCUUUUGGACACCUCUGUUCAAAAGAGUUGAAUUAUUUAUCAUAUUGGUAAAUAGUUUUGUGGAGUUAAGUUGACUGGAGAAUCCGCAAAAUGGCACCAAAAAAAAAAGUUCUGUCCAUUAAAGAUAAAAUGGAAAUUAUUAAUGUGGUCGAGAGAGAAAAAUUAAGUGUGCGUGAAAUUGCUAAAAGGUUUGAUAUUGGCAAAUCACAAGCUGCAGAAAUUAAAAAAAAUAAAGAAACCAUUCGUUCUAAAUGGGAGUCUGGAGUUAAUGUUCUUCAAAAGAGAAGUUUUAAAAAAGAAGGAGGAUCUGAGAUUGACAAAAUUUGUUUUGAUUGGUUUACUAAGGCUAAAAGUCAAAGCAUUCCUGUUUCUGGUCCGAUUGUAAAGCAAAAGGCUAAGGAAGUGGCACAUAAGUUGGGUGUAUCAAAUUUUGUUGCAUCAGAUGGAUGGUUAAAUAAAUGGCGCAUAAGGAAUAAUGUUGCUUUUAAGAGUAUAUCUGGUAAAGCUUCAAAUGUAAACCCGAUCGAUGUGGAACAAUUCAAGGAAAAGCUGCCAUCUCUGUUGCGCGACUACAAGCCAGAAGACAUUUACAAUGCAGACGAAAGCGGAUUAUUCUUUCGCGCAUUACCUGACAAAACUAUCGCUCUGAAGUCCGAAAAAUGUAUUGGCGGUAAGUUAUGUAAGGAGAGGCUAACAAUACUAUUUUGUACGAACAUGGCUGGACAAAAGGAGCUGCUUUUGGUCAUAGGAAAAGCCGCCAUUCCUCGAGCAUUUAAACAUCUUUCUUUAAAUGAGCUUCCAGUGGAUUGGAAAUCUAACAAAACAGCAUGGAUGACUCGUGAAAUCAUGACUGCAUGGCUAACACAGCUAAAUAGGAAAAUGCGAUUUCAAAAUCGCAAUAUUAUUUUAUUCUUGGAUAAUGCAGCAUCACAUCAAAUUCAAAUAAGCUUUACAAACAUUAAAUUAAUUUUCUUGCCGCCAAUUACAACCGCAGCUUGUCAACCUCUUGAUCAAGGCAUAAUACAAAAUUUUAAAGUUUUUUAUAGAAGCUCAAUAUUGCAACACUUGCUACCAAAAAUUGAUUCAGCGGUUUCGGCAUCAGAGUUGGCAAAAUCGAUUAAUAUUCUUGAAGCUUUAUACUUUAUUAAAACUUCGUGGGAUAAAGUUAAAGCCACAACCUUCAAAAACUGCUUUCUUAAAGCUGGUUUCCCAGAAACCAAUCAAUGUGUUUCCGAUUUUGAUAUCGGCAAUGAUAUAUGUCUGAGCACCUAUAGAAGUUUCAAAAAUGGAUUGCCUGUAUUAAAUAAUUUUGAUGAUUUCCUUAAAACUAAUGAAGUGGUCUUUACUGAAGACAAUUCCAUUGAAAUACAAGUUGAAUCAGAACUUGCAGAUAUAAGAGAGUCCGAUGACGAAGUUAUUGAAGAAAUUGCUGAGCCAAUAGGAUCGUAUAAAGACGCAUUGGAGCAUCUUGCUUUAUUGAAACAUUUUGCAAGAGAGGACUUUAAAGGCUUCAAUCUCUUGAAGAAUGUAGAGACUCAUUUUGAAGCUCAACACUUUAAGCUAAACCAAUCAAAGCUUAAACAGUCGCCUAUAAUUAAAUUUUUUCAACCAAAUUUAACUGAUAACUAUAAUUAAAUGUAAACUUGUACUCAAAUUAUACAUACGAACAUAAGUAACAUAUAUGAAUGUGUAUUAUAUUACAUUGUAUGUACAUUGUAUUGUAGUUCGAGUAUAUAUUUGUCAUUUCUAAAUAUACAUCUACUAUUUUGUGAAGCAUAAAAUAUACAAUAAAUUACAACUUUUGUUAAUUUUUGGUACUCUAAGAAUAUAUUUUCAACGUAAGUUUUUGUCAUGCGCCCAUAUAUGGAUAGCUCCCAUAGCUGGACAAAAAUACUUCUUCCGUGGAUGUCCGGUUAUGAGGAAUUUCACAGAAGUGCAAUUAUGUUGUUAAAAAAUUAAAGUCUCAAUUUAUUAUACUUGUAUGAAUAAAAUAUAUAAUAUACAUAAAUAUUUACUUCAUACAUUGUAUAUCCGAGAUGUGUGUGUAUACCCCGCAUAUCAUAACUUAUGGUAUUGAUAUAAGCUAAAAGAAAAGUUUAAAAAAGUAUAGCCUUAUUUCGAAAACAAGUGCCAUUUUCCAAAUAAAAUUAUAUUUUUUAUUAGUAAAAUAUAUGUACUUCUAUUAUCUUUCUAUUGCAGUUUUUACGGAAUAAAAAGUUAGUAAAUAAUUAACGCUUAUUUCACUACAGAAAUAAAA